GUCGCCGAGUCGGGUACACGGCGGAGCGGCGCGCUUCCGAAAGUACUUUCGCCUACGUUCGGCGACACUCGGGCGCGCUCGACACUCUCCGCACCCCACAGCUGACUGGGCUAACGUGCGAGCGAGACGGACGCGGUUGGCCCGCGCGCGCCUGACAAGGAACGCGUUCCGCGCAGCUCGACGGCCGCCAUUUAGUAUCCAGUGCUCGGCUCCGUCGUAGUGACAGUAGAUUUCAUAUCAAGCUCCGGAGCAAAAUCGUUUUACUGUGAAUUAUCUACACAAAAAUUCAGUGCUUAUGAUCGUAACAGUGUGAUUGGUGAAUGUGCAAUGUCGUUUAAUUUAUACAGAUGAAGGUUGGAGUGUCGCGAGACGUUGCGAUGGGUUGCAUCGUCGCGUCCGUUGUCAACAUAAAAUAACGUGGAUUAUGCAAGUUGGAGUAAAAUGUGGACGCGUGUACGUAAAUAAGACUAUGAGGGUUGUAAUAUAAUGCAGUGGCUGCACAAUAUAUUGGCGCUGGCAGUAAUCUGGUGUGGUGUGGUGGCGGAGGCGUGCCCGGCCGGCUGCGUGUGCAAUGAGACGCGGCUGGCGUGCGAGGGCGCGGCGGCGGCGGGCGGCCGGCUCACCAGCGCCGCGCUCGCGCACCGCGCCCUGCGGCUGCAGGAGCUUGUCUGGACCGGCUCCAACGUCAACACCCUCGACCCACAACUCUUCGACGGUCUGACACAACUCACGUACAUCGAUUUGAGCAGAAACGAAAUUAAGAAAACCGAAUACGGCCUCUUCCCACAUCUCGGACACCUCCAGCUCCUAAACUUAUCGAGAAACCAUUUAGAGGAUAUACCGAGAUUGACCUUUGCCGAUUUAGACAAUCUAGAAUACCUAGAUCUAUCCCACAACCGGCUCAGUGUGAUACCGUUCCAGGUCUUCGGGCCCAUGACCAAACUCGUGUACCUAGACCUGUCGCAUAAUAAGAUAGCUAGCUUCCUAGACUAUUACUUUAAUCCUAACAAACAUUUGAGAGCGCUGUUCCUAAAUAAUAAUAGCCUAGUCAAAAUCACAUCUAACGCUCUAGUCAACUUGAGGGAAUUGGAGAUAUUAGAUCUGUCUAGCAACAAAUUAGACUACUUACCCAGGUCUGUCUUCGACAACUUCGAACAACUGAAGAAGCUGAAUCUGAGCUACAACCAGUUGCAAAACAUAUCACACGAUGCUUAUAAGAAUCUAAGAAACUUAAUAUAUUUGAACAUGGGCGGCAACAGGCUGAGAUCCCUGCCGCCCGGGCUCUUCCAACAUAACGAAAACUUAAAAACUAUCUACCUCGACCACACUGAAAUACAAGUUAUACAGAACACUAACUUCAAAGGCUUAAAUAAUUUAGAACAACUAUACUUAAGAAAUAAUUAUAAUUUGCGUGAAAUAGAGACGUACGUGUUCCAAGACACGCCAUCUCUUACUCACCUCAACAUCAGCUACAACAGUUUGACAUUUCUACCGCUUUCACUCAAGAUGCUCGAUAGCCUGAAAGCGCUCGACAUCCGAAACAACCCAUGGGCAUGUGAUUGCCGCAUGGCAUGGUUUGCGUCCUGGGCCGAAAGCAGAAAACAGAUCAUAACAUCCGACCUGAGUUGUCGGCUGACGUACCCCAACGACAUGUUGCGGAUACUGAACCAUACCAACUGCAAGCCGCCGCGGCUGAUCCACAGCAGCCCGCUCACGCUGUAUCGGCUGCAGACGGACGCACUGCUCGAGUGCAGGUUCGAUGGGAACCCGAUGCCGUCCAUCACAUGGAUCACCCCCACCAGGAUGGUGUUCCACUGGAACCCGGACCAGUUGAUACCGGACAUCUUCCACAAACACGGCGUCGCACACGAUCAGUAUUACAACGCUAUAGACAACUUCAGAUCAAGAGUCAAAGUGUUGGAGAACGGAUCAUUAUUUAUAGGAGAUAUACACAGAGAAGACUGCGGAACUUACUUAUGCUUUGCAACGAAUCCUUCCGCGAAUGUGACAGCGGAAGUUGUCCUAAACAUAGACCCUAUGACCAUGUUCGAAAUCAAAAUGUAUAGUUUACUGUGGGGAGCGGUGUGUGCUGCGGCGUUCCUAGGGCUUACACUGCUCGUGCAAGCGCUACACUACAUAGUAUACAGGUUCCGCUUGAUGGAGACAUGCUGCAGCUGUUGUACGUGCGUCAGUCGCGACGCGCCGCGCACGCGACAAAUAUACAGCAUGUUGGACAACAUCGAACAAUACAAGAGACAACAGCUCGAGAAAUUACGAGAAAAUUAUGCCGUUCAAGUGCAUCGAAUAAAAGAGAAUUGUACGCAACAAAUGGAAUGGAUACAGAACAGUUACUCGACACAAGCGAAUCACCUGCGCAAUAUACGAGAUAUCGGAACCAAUCACCUUACCGCUAUGAAAGAUCAGUAUUAUGACCAGGUAAAACGCGUGAGAGAAUACUCGACGUGCCAGCUGAACUGGGUGCGUGAGAACUAUGUGUUCCAAAGGAACAAAAUAAGGAAGUUCAGCGCGCACCAGAUCUUACGGCUACGAGAGUCGUACAAGUACCAGCAGCAGACUCUCAACAAAGUGCUGGAGAACCUGCCCAGCCUGUACUUCGAGAACUGCCGCAGCGGGUCGUGCGGCCGCAGCGACUCCAUGGCGUUCGACCCCGACGUCGAGGUCAUCGACAUGUAUCUCAAGACUAAGAUAGAGAAGCUGUCCAAUCUGCCCAACCCGAUCGCGGACGACGAGAGCAAGAUGUCCGUGUACUACACGCCCACAGAGAGGUCGAUCAACUCGAGGCGGAACUCUCCGAUAACGAUACCGGAGGGCAUCCACAUCAACAUGAUCGAGACGGGCCCGCCGCCGCGGCUGCCGGCCAUGCUGCGGUCGCUGCAGUACGGCCCGCCGCCGACCGUGGACACGCCCACGCCGCCCGACUCGCCCUCGCCGACCACGUCCAAGUGCGCGGUGCCGGCGCGCCAGUACCAGUGCGAGCGCGUGGACGCCAAGCCGUCGAGCGAGCCGCUGCUGGGCCGCGAGCACGCGCAGUACGAGCGCGCGCGGCGGAAGGGGCAGCUGCCGGCCAGCGCGAGCUCACCGGAGCUGUCGGGCGCGGCGGAGCAGGCGCGGCAGGCGGCGCACACGGCGGCGCGCGUGCUGCUGGCGGUGGAGCUGACGCAGCCGGAGUGCCAGCUGCGGCACGCGGCGGGCCAGCUGGUGUGCGGCGAGUGCGUGAAGCUGUGCGAGAACACGCCCUUGUAGUACAGGCUGCUGACGCGCGUGUUCAAGAUCUACGCGGUGUCGGGCCGGCGGCUGGCGCGACAGCCCCCGGCCUGCGAGUGCGUGUGAGUGAGGCGCGCGGUACAUAUCUUGCCCGCGGCGGCCGGCGGCGCCGGACGGACGCCGCUCGUACUUCUAAGUGAGCUGUGAUAGACUAGAUUUCAAUUUACGUACGUUUAGCGACGGUUAUGAUUUGGUCUCUAGGUGUAGGCGGUAAGGAGUAUACUGUACGAUCUGUUUCCGUGACGAUCGCCGUAGUGAAUUAAAUAAGCAUUCUGUGGGUAUUAGAACUUGUAAAUAAUUUUAUGUUCAAUAUUUUUUUCCAUUUUGAUGUAUUUUUAGGAUUAAAAAAAUCUGUUAGAAAAAUACGCGUCAUUUUAUAUUCGUUCAACUUAAACAGUAGAGUAAAGUGCGAGACAAGCAUGUUGUUACGAUUGUUGUAUUGUUGCGAGGUCACUGGUAUGUUGGUGUAUCGCGAGAGCGCGCGCUCUGAUCUCAACUCCACUAACCUCCCUCUCCCCCGCGUCUCCUCUGUGCCGCUCUGUGCUGCUCUGUGCUCUAAGCCCUGUACUGUCUCACGAAUCUGAUGAACUUUUUCGACUGUCAUGAUUAGAUUUUAAUAAUUAUAUAUUUUGUGAAAACUUCGUACAGAAUGUAUUAUGUAAAUGGGUCUUGCAGUGAUAUGCCAAAUACUACAAUCCAGCAAUGAUAAUAUUAUAUAACGUUUCUUAAUAUAAAAUAUACAAAUAUUGUUGAACAUUUUCUAAAUAUAUAACAAGAUUAAAACUGCUAAUCAUGGAGAAAUAAAUUAUUUUUCAAUGUA